CACGCAUCGCUUAGUUUUGGACUUUUGGUCUUGCCGUACAGUGCACAUACCAUGUCAACAUGGCUUCUUCAAUGUCAUUCUUUGGUUUAAGCCGAUUUAUCGCUUCUAACUCAGUCGCAAAAACAAUUGUGAAUCCUGUCAGGUCAGUAAGCACGUCAGGAUGGAGGCUGGCAGAACAGCAGGAACAGGGAUCCCAGCUCAUCACUGUGGAUGAGAAAUUGGACAUCACAACUAUAACAGGUGUUCCCGAGGAGCAUAUUAAGACCCGCAAGGUCCUUAUCUUUGUGCCUGCCCGCAAUGCCAUGCAGUCCGGCGUCAAAAACACACAGAAGUGGAAGAUGGAUUUUGACACCAGGGAACGUUGGGAGAACCCACUGAUGGGCUGGGCCUCCACGGGAGACCCCUUGUCCAACAUGGCGCUUACAUUUAAUUCUAAGGAGGAUGCAAUUGCUUUCGCAGAGAAGAAUGGUUGGAGUUAUGAUAUAACAGAAAAGAGAGUCCCGAAACCGAGAGUGAAGUCAUAUGGAGCAAACUUUUCCUGGGAUAAAAGAACUAGAAGGUCGACCAAGUAGACAAAGUCAUUUCUUCCCAUCUGUGUUAUCUUUAACAGACCUGUAAAAAUAACAUGCUAUCUAUAUCUAAUAAAGGAACUAUCUUUACAACA